AUGCAGUCGACCAGCACGGACGUGUGGAGUUUCAAAGGGGAGGGGAAUGCCAACAUUGUGUUCGCUUACACCGGCACGGAUGCCACUCUUGCGGGCAAGGUCCUGCGCCUGCGCAAGGCCCGGCCCAAGGACUCUGCUGCCGUCCCCGACCCAAUGGCAGAGCUGGAGGCCAGGGUCUGGGAGCCUGCAAUACCCGGCUGGCGACACAUGGGGGUGCUGCAACGCGAGGCGGCCUAUAUUAGUGAGAUCCUGCUGCCACUGCUGGGGCCCGCCGCAGCCGCGGCUGCGGAGGCCGCAGCCGAGCCUGCCCCCGCGGCGGCCACCCCUGCCGACGGCGGCCGCGGUGCCGCUGGGCCAGACGGCGCCGCGGGCGCCGGCGAGGCGCUGCAACUGCAGGCGGUGCCGGCCGCGGCAAACCAAAUGGAGGUGCCACAGGACUUGGCAGCCCUUCUUGAAUCUGAGGGACGGCGGCUGGCGCCAGGGGUGGUGGGGCAGCUUAUUCCAGAUCACACGCUCUUGCCGGCAGGCUUCCGCCCCGACCUCCGCCGUGUCGGCCCCGCCGUCUGCGUGGAAGUGAAGCCAAAGGCCGGCCUGCUGCCCACGAGCCGCCACAUCGCGCGGGAGCACGCCGUGAAGCUGCGCGUGCCCCGUUUUGCGCUGCACCAACUCCUGAAGCACCUCAAGGGCAAGGCCCCGGCUAUCAGUCGCUACAGCCCCCUGGACCUGUUUGGGCCAGACCCCCGCCUGCAGGAGGCUGCGCUGGCGGCGCUGAUGGAGUGCCCCUACAACAACCUCAAGGUGUUCGUAGAUGGAGACCUCGUCUUUGGCGGAAAGUCCGACGCGCCGCCGGCGCGCGCCGCGCGGCCGCGCGGCAGCCCCCAGCAGCUGCCCGCCUACCCGGGCAGCCCCCCCAAAUCCGCGGGUCCGCCUGCCGCCGGCGCUGACGCCGGGCCCGACGGCCCCGGCGAGGCGGCGCUCGCGCCGCCGCAGCAGCAGGUGCACUGGCCCAGCAGGCUCGGCCGCGUGGCGGCGGCGCCACUGGAGCCGCUCGUGCUUCCGUCAGCGGCGGUUGGGAGUCCGCGGCCUCACUAUGACGACCAGCAGCGGCAGGAGCGGCAGCAGCAGCAAGAGCAGCAGCAGCCAAAGCAGCCAAAGCAGCAGCAGCUCGGCCCGUCGCCGGCGUCGCCGCGCCGGGCACCCGCGGCGUGCCUGGGCUCCCCGCAGCGCCUGGGCUCGCCGCAGCACCCGGAGAGUCCCACCUGGGCAGCGCGGCGCUGGAGCGUGGCGGAGCUGCUGGAAUGCCUGCGGGGUUUCCCGGUGCUGCCCCCUGAUGCGCAGCACCAGGAGCAGCAGCAGCAACUGCAGCAGCGGCAGCAGCAAGAUGGGAGCUCCCUUGGCCAGGCGCCGCGCGACGGCAGCGGCCGUGACAGUGACGGCGCCUCAGACUCCGCUGUGCUGCAGCUGCAGCAAGCGCCCCAGCGCAUCCUGUUUGCCGGCGGCCGCUGCGCCGGCAGCGGCGGGGGCGGCGGCCCGGGCGACGCCGCGCGGGAGCGGCUGCUCUGCCGCCUGCUGGCGCGCGUGCUGCGCGCUUCGGGCGUGCUGCCGCGGCUGCUGGCGGCGCAGCGGCUGGACGUUUUGGACGUCGAGGGUGUCGCGCCGCUGAUGCGGCGGCUGCUGUCCGGCCUGCAGGAAGGGGGCGGGGGCGGGGAUGUCAGCCGGCAGCAGGAGGAGCAGCAGGAGGAUUCCCAGAAAGAUUUGCAGCAGCAGGAGGAGCGGUCGUUGGGGGCCUCGCGGCAGGUGCAGGAGGAGGAGGAGGAGCAGCAGCAGCAGCAGCAGCAGCAGCAGCAGCAGCAGGAGCAGCAAGGUGAUGCCGCCAUGACAUGCCUGAGCUCGCUGCAGACCGAUCCUCAAACCCUGCGAGACGCCGCCAGCAUGCGGCUGGAGGACAUCGGGUACGAUGCGGCCCUGCAGCUGCUGCGCGGCUACCUUACCGCCGUCACUGCCAAAGACUGCGGCGUCAUGAUUACGCUGCAACAGGUGGAGCCUCAUAACGGCGCCGGCAGUGGCGGGUCCAAUUACCAGGAUUGCGAUGUGAGCAGUGGCAGCAGGGGGGCUCUGAGCGAGGGGUGCGGGGGCAGCGAUGUCCGUGGGGAUUGCAGCGGCGAGGGAACCAGUGACUGUGAAUGUGGCGGAGUGAUGUACGAUGACGUCAGCGGGUGUCAUUUCCUGUGGCGCGUCAACCUGGUGGAUCUGGACCUCAAACCCCUGGCCAAGAUCCCCAUCCACGAGGCUCUGGACCAACGCAUCGUGGCUGCAGCGCUGGACCACUCAGAUCUGCUAGAAUCCGCCGCAGCUGCGCGGCGGCGCUGGCUGGCCGCCUGGCUCAGGGACUACGGCGCGAGCGCCGCUGCAGCCCGCGGCGGCCCGCGCGGUACGCGGGGCGGCGUAAGUGGUGUUUAUGGAACUGUCGAGCCAGAAUGA